UACAAAAGCUUAUUGAAAAGAAGCUACUGAUGGAGGCUGUUAGAUCAAUUUGUGCCUUCAAAUUAAUGGACAAGCUCCUUCCAGUGCCACUCUUAAAAGAAUAUGUAGAGAAUGUGAUGAUGUGUUCUGAAGAAAUUUGCCAGUCUGAGAUGACACCUAAUGAAAAGGGCAAGGCUGUGAACGGUAAAAUAGCUGAUCUGAGAGCUGUCAUUCAGUGCAUCAAAGAUUACAACCUCGAGUCUGAAUACUCGUCCAAGACUGUUGGGAUGCAAAUAGUUCGGCUGGAGGUCAUGCUCAAGGAACUGUGGAGAAGCUUGGUGCCACCUCCGGUACCCAAAGGUGAUCAAACAGAGAGAAAAAGAAAGAACCCCUGUACCAGCUCUCCUGCCCCAGAGUUACAGCCAGGAAAGGUGACCAAAAUAAAAUUCGUCUUCGGUGGUUCGAAGCCUUGAUGUGAAGCUCCACUUCCUCUAACUACAAGAGAACGCUGUAC